AUUUGUGGUUGUUGAGACUCACUCGCAGGGCAAGGUUGUGUGAGUUUCCUGCAGCGACAUCCCCUCAGGGCAACCACCACCCGAGCUGCAGCCUUGCCUUCUCUUAGAAUCCAAGAUUCACCGCCGACUCGGCGGGCGGGCAAAAUGCCCUGUACGCCGGGGUUGAUGUGGAUGCGCUCGACAUUCACAAAUCGCUGGAUGAACGACAGCACGUCGUCUGCUCCCGAUUGUGCCUUGGGCGCGUUACUCGUUCCAUACCUUGGCCUUUCUUGCUCCGUCCCAUCCACAUCGUCGAUGAUGCGUCGCCACACUAACGAACUCGCAAUCACGAAGUGCAUGAGACGAAUCGAGCGCGGAGACUGCGCUCAGCGAACGUAUUCACGUGAUUGGAAUUGGAGCGUGAGGAGGUCUACCACUCAAGACUUGCUCAUGCUGUGACAUUGUUUCGAGCGUUCAUAAGAUCUCAUAAGAUCAAUG